AUGGCGGACUUUUCGACAUCUCAGCCCGGUCAAUCGGAACAAGCGCAACCAAGCACUAGCGUCAUCAAUGGAGCCUCAGCACAGUCCAAUGGCGGCCCCUCUUCGGCACCCCUCACCGACUCCAACGGCAAGCACAGCAACGCCGACGACACAGAUUCAGAGGCAGAGGAUGCAGCUAAUCCCGCGGACGACUACGACGACCCGCAGACCGAGGACGAGGCCGGCCCCUCGAGUGCGGCAGACCAGCCCGAGCCAGCCAACAAUGGCAUUACGCGGGGUAUCGUCCAGUACGGCUCCGUGCGCGUCGACCACAGCGGUGCACCCAACGGUCAAGCGCCCGAAUCUCCUACGGAGGAGAUUCCGGACGACUCGGAGCUGCUCACCCACCAUCCGGAUACCGAAGAGGUGCUCGACCUGGGCCACCUCCGCCUGACCACCACCAAGCGUCUUGGACUGCAGCGCUUCGCACCCUCGCUCAAGCGUCUCUGUCUGCGCCAGAACCUGCUGACCAAGAUCCGCACCAAGGACAUCGGCGUCCUGACCGAGCUCGAGGAUUUGGACUUGUACGACAACAGCAUCGAGAAGAUCUCGGGACUCGAUGAGCUUACCAAGCUCGAGUCGCUCGAUCUGUCGUUCAACAACAUCCACCACAUCAGCAACGUGUCGCAUCUGGGCGAGUGCAAGACCAUCUACUUUGUGCAGAACAAGAUCUCGCGCGUGCGUCCAGACGAUCUGCAGGGCGCCAUCGCGCACUCGCUCGAGUCGCUCGAACUCGGAGGCAACCGUCUGCGCUCGAUCGAAAACAUCGGCCACCUCACCAACCUCACCCAGCUCUGGCUGGGCAAGAACAAGAUCACCUCGCUCGAGGGUAUUUCGACGCUGACGAACCUGCGCGUGCUCAGCAUCCAGUCCAAUCGCAUCACCAAGCUCCAAGGCCUCGAAAAGCUCGUCAACCUCCAAGAGCUCUACCUCUCCCACAAUGGCCUUACCAAAAUUGAGGGCCUCGAGAACAACACGAAGCUCACAACGCUCGAUAUCGGCGCCAACAUGAUCGAGAGGAUCGAGAAUGUAGCCCACCUCAACCAGCUCGAGGAGUUCUGGGCCAACGACAACCGGAUCGAGGAUCUCAACGAUGUCGACCGCCAGCUCGGGCCGAACAACAUGCCCAACCUCGAGACGGUGUAUCUCGAGGGCAAUCCGGCGCAAAAGAAAGAGGGCCCCGCACUCGAUACCACGCAAUCUGGCCCGGCGCACCCACUCGCUCAUCUUUUGUACCCUGCAUCCUGCACCGCAUGUUCAGGAUCCUUCUUUAUCACUUCGCUCUUUGCAUGGAUGAUUGCAGCAUUCGAUCUGUUGGAUGUGUGGUUUGAACGAGGCGCUACAGCUUUGAAGGACAAGCCUCCACAUGGAUAUGCGGGGUUCGGCUGUUCGUCUACGAUCCCAGCCAAUGUCAAGGCGGCGGCAGUAUACGUGCACGGGUGCUGUGGUCGCCAAGUAUGCGCCGCAUGCUUGGAUCGCAAUGCAAGGCUCGCCACCUUCUGUCCGAUGUGCGAAGAUGCACAUGCGGCGUUUCGCAAGGGCCCGCGAAGCGACGUAACUCGUGCAGGCCAGGUCGUGUUCGAUGCCGAAUCGGCACUAGCUCAAGACGAGGACGUCGCACCACCACCGUAUACCGAGUCUGGACGCCAAGACCCGCCAGCAUCCGCGUUUGUUCUGGAGGAUGGUGAGGAUUCGCUGCGAAAGGUAGCGUCAAGUAGCGAGAGUGCCAGCGCGAGCGAAAGGCGCAAGGCGACGCCGGCUCUGCUGAGGCAGGCGUCCAAGGCAAGCGCAGAGGCUGAACUCGAUACCGCCCCACAACAAGCCAACGCCAGGGAAGGUGCGGACUCAGAUGUGCAGACGGACUCGCUCGUGGCGCAUCGGCGCAAGGUCGAUCCGCACGAUCCGCACGAAGCAUCGCCCUCCGAUCCCACCUCCUCGCGCAGGGGCGAUGGCGAGACACGACAGUACUGGCUGCGCAAGACCGACACGCUGGCGGCGAUCGCGAUCCGCUUCGGCGUGUCGACGCACGAGUUGUGUCUGCUCAAUGCGCUUCCGCGCGCCGUCCUCUCGACGUCGCCGCAUCUCCUGCAUACGCGCGCGUUCAUCCUCAUCCCCGCCCACGCUGUCGAUCAGCAACUCGCCGCAAAUCCAGAGCUGGCAGCUUCACUACAGGGCCCACCGCUGCGGUCUGCGCGCGAAAAGACCGCCGCGGCCAGACGCAAUGCGCAGGCCAAGUUCCGCGCCACCCUCGCGCGCAACGCCGCCUCCUCGAGCAAGACCACCGACGAUGCGCCGCCGGACGAUAGGGCGGCGCGCGCGUACGUCGCGCUGGCCGAAGACGAGUUUCGCCUGCUCGAUUUUGGCGAGGGAAUCGAUCCUGAUGGGCUUGCGCUCCCGUACGACGGCGACGAGGCCGAGGAUGGCAUGCUCGACGCGGCACGUGCGCGCAGAUUCGAUGCCGUGCUCACGCAUGCGCUCGCACGCUGGCAUAUGGACUCGGUCUGGGAACGAGAACAGCGCGCAAACGGUCUGGAUCCUUCGUCCGUGCGUGCGCCUGCACCCACACUGCCUCCUGAACCCGUAGAGAAGGACGGCGCCAGCACAAGCGCCGUCGGGCGCUGGUUUGCACGCGCGCUCAACGCCGAAGCAUCCGACACACAGCGAGGUGAGCAUAAGUCGCGAUCGCCACGCCAUGUAGUUGCGCUCUCGAGCUCAGUCAAGUUGCCUACCCAUCUGACGCAGACGUACGCGGCGCACAGGGGUCCGGUCAACGUAGUGCGCUAUAACUCGCUCGGACGCUACCUGCUGACGGGCGGUUCGGAUCGGGCGAUUCGGCUGUGGAACGCCAGUCAGGCGGCGGAGCAGGCGAUCAAGACGUAUGCGCAGCACAGCUACGAGGUGCAUGCGCUCGACAUUGCGCGCGACAACACGCGCUUCGCCUCGGGCGGCGCCGACAAGUCGGUGUACGUCUGGGACGUGGCCACGGGCAGCGUGCUGCGCCGGUUCGACGGGUUCGCAGGCCGCGUCAACGAUGUGCGCUUUGGCGGCAGAGACGACGAUGGGAGCGUGCUGGCGGUGGGUGGGUUCGAUGGCGUCGUGCGGGUUUUCGACCUGCGUGCACAGGGUGCGUGGCGACCGAUCGUCGAGAUGGCCGAGGCAAAGGACGCGGUGACGUCGCUCAGCGUGCGUGGCGACCGCAUCUACUCGGGCUCGGUCGACGGUGUGCUGAGGUGCUACGAUUUGCGCGCCGGUGAGCUUCGGGCGGACACCCUGCCGGCGCCCAUCACGUCGGUGUGUCCGUCGCGGCUGGAUAAGUCGGUGGUGGUGGCGACGCUCGACUCGACGGUGCGUCUGCUCGAUACGCGCGACGGCUCGCGGCUGCAGACGUAUUCAGGACACCAGCACGCCUCGCUCCGCUGCAGGGCGGCUCUCACCACGCAGGAAGACGGCGUGAUUGCCGGCGACGAGCAGGGCAGUCUUUUGGGUUGGGACAUGGUCUCGUCCGAACGCGUGCCCGUGGGACCCAAGCAUGCGGCUGCGCACGCGAAACCCAUCUUGUGGCUCGAAGCCAAUCCCGAUACCACGCUCACCUCGACCGAGAUCGUCACGGCCUCCGCGGACGGCACAGUCAAGGUGUGGUCCACGCCUGGCCGUACGUGA